CCGCAGAUAGCCCAUAUCAUCUCUCACUAUCCUUCCCUGGGGGAAGUUGGGUAUAGAAAGAAAUGGGGAAACCGACGGCGCUAGUUGGCUAAACCCUAAGCCACUGAUCUUCCAAACUGCGCUUUGAUUGCAGCAACAUCAUUUCUUUUGGGCGAGCACUGUUCGGCUGAGACUUCCUACCUCCUGCUGCUGCUGCUGCUGCUGCUGCUGCACGGCCAUGGUAGGUGCAAAGCUUCUAGCUUUCGGUGAUGCUUAGUGAACUUCUUUCUGGGCAGUCAGCUUGUUUAAGAUAAAACGUAAAGCAGGCGAUCUCCGACAUGGUGAUUGUUGUUAGCUCCCAUACGUUGGAUUGAAUUACUUGGUUCAUGUAGUAGACCCCUCCUGCAAGUCUUCGGGACACUCGCAAAACCAUCCAAGCUUCAGAUUUGGAGUGGGAGAUUUAGAUGACCCAGCCAAGGGUGAUUCUCGCAACAGCUAGCUAUGAUCACACAAUUCGGUUUUGGGAGGCCAAAAGUGGAAGGUGCUAUCGAACUAUCCAAUACCCAGAUUCGCAAGUUAAUCGGCUUGAGAUAACACCAGACAAACGGUACCUGGCAGCUGCUGGAAAUCCCCACAUUCGAUUGUUUGAUGUUAAUUCAAGCGGCCCUCAACCUGUGAUGAGUUAUGAUUCACAUACUAAUAAUGUUAUGGCAGUGGGGUUCCAGUGUGAUGGAAAUUGGAUGUAUUCAGGUUCUGAAGAUGGCACAGUAAAGAUUUGGGAUUUGAGGGCACCAGGCUGUCAAAGGGAAUACGAAAGCCGUGCAGCUGUGAACACUGUUGUUUUACAUCCAAAUCAGACUGAGCUGAUAUCAGGUGACCAAAAUGGUAAUAUUCGUGUAUGGGAUUUGACGGCAAAUUCAUGCAGCUGUGAAUUGGUACCAGAGGUGGAUACUGCCGUCAGGUCUUUAACAGUAAUGUGGGAUGGGAGCUUGGUGGUUGCUGCUAAUAAUCAUGGAACAUGUUAUGUUUGGCGUCUGUUGCGAGGGAAUCAGACUAUGACCAACUUUGAACCACUCCAUAAGCUACAAGCACAUAAUGGGUACAUCCUCAAGUGUCUUCUUUCGCCUGAGCUGUGUGAACCCCACAGAUACCUAGCCACCGCGUCUUCUGAUCAUACUGUGAAGAUAUGGAAUGUUGAUGGUUUCACCUUAGAGAAAACUUUAGUUGGACAUCAACGCUGGGUGUGGGAUUGCGUCUUCUCUGUUGAUGGUGCCUAUCUUAUUACAGCCUCCUCUGAUACAACUGCAAGACUAUGGACUAUGUCAACUGGUGAAGAUAUCAGGGUGUAUCAAGGGCAUCACAAAGCAACUGUUUGCUGUGCACUCCAUGAUGGUGCUGAACCUUCUCCUUGCUGAACCGUACAUUUUAUUUCUCCUUUUUCUGCGAUUUCACUUGUACAAAUGAAGAAAGUAUGCACAUUGUUGGAUGACCUAUCUUGUGGAAAAGGAACAAAAAUUGUAUAUUGUAUGGCUCUGAAUUGUGUUCUAACCUUUGGGCGUUCAUGGAAGGAAGCAUUCUGGUGUUUUAAGCCAAAAUGCAGAUUGUUGUCA